AUGACGAGUCGCACACCCCCAAUCAUGACGAGUCACACACACCCAAUACACACAGCUACUCGUGCUGCGCAAGACGCUGCCAACGCAUCCUCUCAUCUGACCUCUCAUGCUGCAGACGGCGCGGCAGAGGACGACGUUAUGGAUCGUUUCACUCGGCCUUCUCACUGGGCCACAAACGCGCACAUCACCGACAUAAAACAGAAUAGCACGCAAUGGAACAAGGACCGGGAAAAGUGCAUAGCGGGUAUAGCGAAGGCGAGCGAGGUUUUCAACGUGCUAGGCAAGCUCUGGCUACGCGUGCCACCGAAUAAACGCGUGCGAACUGUCCACCAUAUGCAAGAGCUAGUCCUCCAUAGGCAAGUGCCCACCGCAGGCGGAGAGUUGAAAGAUAUGAUGCAAAAGGGUGACUUUGACACUAUCUGGCUGCUCUUAGAGGAAUCUGAGCGCAAGCGCCACCUGCUCGCGGGCAUCGAGGGCACUUGUGGAAGGGCGUUCCUUGGCAAUAUUGUCGCGUUAUAUGUCCCGAAAUUACCUCGUCCAAUUUCCUGA